GGAAUUUUUUGAUAGUCAAUAUAUUGUUUAUUUGUACUUAAAUAUUUCAUCAAUAAUCUGGAAAAGAGAAAUAGCCUGACUACGGCUAAAGACUGUUUAGAGGCUAAGAUUUCUAUCAUGAACUGCUUUCAACUGUUAUAUUUUAUGGCAUAGAUUCAAUGGGAAUCUGAUCUGCUAAAAUAUUUGGGCUGUGAAAACUCCCACACUGUGACAGAUGUCAAGUACAAUUAAGUGACUCAUGUCCAGGUUUCUGUCCAAUAGGAUUUCCCAUUAAAUAUCAAUUUAGGGGAAAAAAAUUCCAUCCCCCUUCCUAAGCCUUUAUCUCUUCCACCAUCUCCAGGCUGAAUCAAUUGGUACCAGGAGAGCCCAGAAGCCACACACGCAUCUCUGCCUCUUUGCUCUGGCUCUCCCACCCUCUUCCCGUCUUUCUCUGCUUCCUUGUCACUGUUACUCCAGGAGACGUUCACUUUUCACCAACCUUUCUCCAAGCAUCUCCAAGCCACUGACUAUAUAUAUUUUGCUACAAGAGACCUAGAAGAGGAAAAAAGGCACGAGACUUUUCAACACAUCGUUUAAAAACAUCAUCAACGAAUUUCUUGAAAUGUUUGAGAACAAUUAAAAGGAAAAAGCGUUUUUUAAAAAAUCUAUCAACUAAGUGACCAAUCAUUCAUAUCGUCUACAUCCUGAGAUAUUAUCAUCCCUCGCUGCGGACACCAGCGAGAUGACAGCUGCUUUUUCAUUUUUGAAUGUAAUAAAUAUUUGCUGCUUUUAAUAUUUUCCGGAAUCUCCCCUCGCUAUUCCCUGGAAUUUUAACUCUAAAGAUUGGAGAACAGAUUAUCAAAAAGGCUUUUGCAAGCCUCCAAAAUGAUGCUGAGUCCGGACCAAGCCGCAGAUUCGGACCAUCCCAGCUCGGCGCACUCGGACCCGGAGUCCCUGGGCGGCACGGACACCAAGGUGCUUGGCAGCGUGUCGGACCUGGAGCCGGUGGAGGAGGCCGAGGGCGACGGCAAGGGCGGCAGCCGGGCCGCGCUCUACCCGCACCCGCAGCAGCUGAGCCGCGAGGAGAAGCGCCGCCGCCGGCGCGCCACGGCCAAGUACCGCUCGGCCCACGCCACCCGCGAGCGCAUCCGCGUGGAAGCCUUCAACUUGGCCUUCGCCGAGCUCCGCAAAUUGCUGCCCACGCUGCCCCCGGACAAGAAGCUCUCCAAGAUCGAGAUCCUGCGCCUGGCCAUCUGCUACAUCUCUUAUCUCAACCACGUCCUGGACGUGUAGGGCGGGGUGCGCCGCGGGGGGCCGCCUGUCCCGGCGUUCGCGAAACGCGACGUAUCUGGGCGGCGGCCGCUCGGGUGGCGGAGGCUGCGGUGGCCCAGCGAGACGGCCGCCUCGAGAGACUCGGGCCGGGGAAGAAGCUCGCUACCUGUUCUCUCUGGUCAGCAGGGCGACGAGGGAAGGUUUCCGACGCAGGCAGGUGGGGUUGUCUGGCGAGCCCGGGGGCUCGCAGGGGGGAUUUUCCAGGCCAGGAGAACCUCGUGGAGACACCCGAGAUGAGCCAUCUUUGGGGCUCCCCAAGGGUUGUGGCUUUAACCCACUGGAGACUUUGAGUUCUCCUACAUUCAUCCGCCACAAAUCUUAAUGUGUUGAAAGAAUGAGGGCAGAAGUUCAGAGUAUGCAGGCUCAUAACUUUAGGCUAUCUGGAAUUUUUCUAAUGGACAAAUCACCAAACACUGGGAAGGAGGAGAGAGGAGGGAUCUCUCCGAUAGAGAUGGAAGGCACAGAAAGGUGCGACAGGAAACUUUCCUUUCUGUUGUGAAAAUAAAGAUUAUAUUAGAAUCCAAAUAAACUCUGAAUAUUUAGUAAGGUUAAAAAGACAAAUUGAGAACAAACAGUACACUGUGGGAGGAUCUGAGCUUGGUGAGAUUUUAUCCCCAAGAUAUGACACCAAGGUAGACAGGAAAAUCCAUAUUUAAAUGGAAAAUUUACUAUCUGAAUGCUUUUGCAGGCGAAGUGCCCCUUUAUAUAUCCAAAAACAUCUAUUUGUGACCUUAAACACGUGGACCCAUAGGUGCAGUUAGAAAAAGACAACCUAUUUUUAUUUAUGUUAGAAGGAGUAGAGUAUUUUUUUCAAGACAUUUAUUUUUCAGAGUGGUGAUACUUUUACUUUGGAUACUCUGUGCCAAUUUAUUUCUAGUCAAGUGUUUACACUUUUUCCUGUGGAAUAAUUAUGUCUAACUUUUUACGUGUUUGUUGAGAUUAUACUGUGGUCUUUCUUUCUGCUCUAAUUAUAUUGCACUUGUAUAACAAAUUUCCCACUUCUCCCUGUUUCUAAACAUAUUUUAUAUAUUAAGAUGUUUGUUCUUGAAAGGUUCUUUUGUUGUGAGAUCAGCAACACUAGCACUUCACUAUUAUAGUUUUUUAAAAAGUGUAUUAUUCUUAUCUGUAGUUAUGUCUGAGAAAUCCUUUACAAGCUGUUUAUAAGGAGAGUAGCUUGUGUGUGUGAUGUUUGUGCGUGUGAUGAAUUUAGGAAAUUAAGUUAUUUUCCUAAAAAAAAAGAAAAAAAGAAUUCAGAACUACUUUCCUCUGUGACACCAAAAAGAAAAGUCUAUAACCUGAAAAUGUUUCAUGUUCUCUGCUGUGAAACUCUUAAAACAAGGAGUGUAUUUUAGAGACAAGGGAAAAAAACCACAUCUGCUAUCCAAAGAUUUUAGUCUUUUUCAGGGUUUUUUUGUGUCUCUGUUGCUUUAUAUAAUGCAAUAUUUUGUAGUGAAAAUAGAUAUAAUCUGGUUUCUAUCUGACGAGUUUUUCAUAUCUCAUGAAUGGUGCGCUGUUUUGCAUAUAAAUAAAGGUAUCAAAUAAA